AUGGCUCUCUUAUUGUUAGGUCUAGGGAUUGCAGUGGCCAAGUCCCUUGCCAUUGCUAUAUGGACUGCCAUCAUUGCUCCAUUCCGUGGUCAAAAGGGGGGUGCCACAGCCUACAAGCAUAUUGCACUGUCUUUUAUGCGUGCCCUUUUUAAAAAUGCAUCCAUAGAGCAGCUACAACUUGUUCUUCCCUCUACUUUCGCUCAGAAAAGUUACGAAAUCCACAUGAAACAGCAAAAGACCUCUCCCAACAUACUCGUUCUCCCCGAAGGUACAACGGCAUUCUGGCUAGGAGACCCUGCUGCCGAAAAGUUGAUCAUCUACUUUCCCGGUGGCGGUUACUGCCUCCCUGCGCUACCAGGCCACUUCAGCUAUCUCGAAGCACUCUCCGCACACAUAAAGCAACACGGGAAAAGCAUUGGCGUGCUGUUACUUGCCUAUGGUCUGGCCCCACAGGCCCGAUGGCCUUGUCAGUUGCAACAGGCCGUUGCCAUUUUACGGUACGCCAUCCAGAUACUGGGGAAGCGACCAUCAGAUAUUGUUCUUCAGGGUGACUCGGCGGGCGCUCAUCUUGCACUUGCGCUACUAUCACAUCUCACUCAUCCGCAUCCCCAAGUGAUCGUACCGAGAUUCUCAGUUGAUGGACCCCUUGGAGGAGCGAUGUUGUUGUCUCCUUGGGUUGACUUUGGAACUGAUCACGCGAGCUCCAUCGCAAACGCGGGUAAAGACCUUAUUUUGGCCCAGUCUUUGAAUAGCUGGGCACGGGUAUUUCUGGGCCAGACUACAGAAGAUGAGUACAAUUGCCCGGCUAAAGCCCCAGUGGGCUGGUGGAAAGAUAUCCCUGUUUCAAGAAUCUUUGUUGGUGCGGGAGGAGACGAAGUGCUGUUAGAUCCGAUUAGGCAGAUGGUUGAGAGGAUGAAGGCCGAGCUCCCUGAUGUGAGCAUUAGUAUUGUACCGCGAGAAUUCCACGCUGAGCCAAUCACGGACUUCGCUUUGAAGAUACGCCCUGGGUUGCAGUUCGAAACGAUGGCAUCAUGGCUGAACCAGACCUUUUCGAGAUGA